UCAAUCCCUGGCUUGGGGUUCGGGUCUCAGCUCCACGACUUCCUCCAACUCCUGCUCCUCUCAUAUAACCGCGUGGCCUCCUAUGGUCCGCCAACACCUCUGCGAUCCAAGAUGAGCGGGCGCAGGCGAAGGGCCUCGACCUCGAGCGUCGAGACCGUCGACGGCGACAGGAUCCAUUGGUUGCAGGAGGUGUCGGUGGUCAGGUCACAGCCCAAGGACGUCUCCAAGGACCUCUACCCGUGCUUCGAGCUGCGCGAUGCGACUGUGUACGAUAUGAACGGCGAGUCGCUUGAGAAUGCACUCAACGUCGUGGUGCGCGGCCCGUACAUCGUGAGAGGCCAUCUCAUCAUCGACGACCCCUCUCAAAAGUCACACAUCAUCUUGCCGAGGCCACGAGCAUCUACGCCUAUAGAGAUUCGCCAUUGCAUCUCUUAUUCGAUUGGAGAAGACGAAGCGCGCCCUGUCGUUUGGGUCUUGGGCCGAGGCGGUUGGUACGAGAUCAACCCGUCAGAAGCAUAUCGGCCCAUCUUCAACAAGAUGUGCGAAGCCACGACCAUGUAUUACAGCCUAGUGGAUAUAUACACCUCUGAGAAGUUCAGAAGAACGCCCGUGAGGGCCCACGCCAACUCUCUCGAGGCUCUCAGGGAGGAUUUUCUACAGGAUGUGGUCCGGAAGACCGAGUUGGCGCUCAAAAACCCACGGAAACCAGUCAGUCCUGCGCGAGACAUGGCGAGCCCGGCACCCAGUCACAGGCCCUCAACCCGCAAUACCAGGAGUCUCAGCAAUGAGAUCGAUGCAGAUACGGUCCAGCUCUCGAAACGACCGAAGCCAAGCCCACAGGUAGACAUGGCAAGCCCUGGUGCUGCUGCACACAGACCAGCUAUACCGACUCCUUCGGCCGAGGCUACAAUGAGCCCUGCCGCAAAUGACGAAACCCCCUUUGCCUCCGUUUUCAACGCAAUCGAGAGGCUUUACGAAGAACGACGUGGAGCCAAGAAGGGCAUUACCGCCACAAAUGCUGCCAACGGCCUCUAUUUCCACUACAAGUUCCCCAACUAUAAGGACGGCUCUCCUGGAAGCCAUCGGGUUCCCGUCGAAGAGGUCUUGCACUACUAUGCCGCCGCUUUGUUACAGACACUCGACAGGGCGAAGUACCAGCCACAUGGGUUCUAUACUUACCUGGAGGAGCUGGCAGCAAAACCGUUUACGCCACGCGCCCUCAAGUCAUCAGACUUUCCGUACCGAUUAGAGCCGCGCAAGACGAUUGUGCGUGCGUCCAAGAAGGUAGCAUUAGGUUCCGGCGAUCCAGAGUCAUCUCCGCGCGACGAUGGCACAGCAGGCUCCAGCGACCCGCCCCGACACGCCGGCAAGACGGUGAAACGGCCUGGCCGGCAGCCAGGUAAAACAUCAGCACUGCGAAUCUCCGCUUAUAAGAAGCGGCCCUAUGCCGACAUUGGAGACGAGAGUGAUCAGGACUCUGAGGCCUCCGGUGUGAAACGGUCGCACUACUUUUCGGAUAGAGAUGAUGAAGAGGAAGAGGAAGACACCACGAUGCAGGACUCGGCCGAUGCGAGCGCAUCCAGGGAUGCCGGCCUGGUCGUUCAGCCGCCAUCGGAGGAUGCAGAGCCGAUCCAGAUUUUGAUCCGCGCUGAGAAAAUACCGUCCACCAUCCCUCGUGGCCCUGACGAUACUUGGAACUGUGACCAGGACGGUUGCGACUACAUCGUGCGCGGCGGGGAUGCGCAAGCCUGCCAAGUUCGGAUUCAGAAGCACUUUGAAGAACACGACGAGCAAAGCAAAAGGCUCAACCUGGCGGUCACGGAGAGCACCCGCGGACACAUGCCUAUAAAUCAUCUUCUCGAGAAGCUCAAGCGAAUGGGCGAAAAGGCGCAGCCGGACCAGCAGCAGUCGCCGAUCCAGGGCGGAACGCUCCCGUCCCCGAUCAAGAGGAAACUGAUAGUAUGACGCUGCAGCUCGACGACGACGACAGCGAUGACGACUGCAUCUUGGUUUCCAGUUCGAGGCGCAGAAGGCCGGACUAAUCCAUUUUUUUUUUCUUCCUUUGCUGUUCAUACUUUCUCGAUAUUCCUUGGUUUUUUUUCCUGCCCUUUAACUUUUUUCUGUUUAAUAUGGAUGGCAAGGCAUGCCUUCCUACCGGCUUUUGGGUUCACGACUUCUCAGGGCAAAUUUGGGGAUAACUUGGCAUCUGGUAAUGAGAAAAUCACAGCGGAGUUGACGGCUGAGUCUAACAUGACGACUCUUUGCUUUUUGCAUGU